UGAGGCCACGCACAGGAGAAUGAAGGAGCGUCAGGAGCUGCUGGACCAUGAGAUGGCUCGGCUGCUGCAGGAGCUGGAGCAGCAGGACAAGGGCUGGGGGGCCGUGCUCUUGGGUGCCCUGCAGCAGUGGCCAUUUUGGGUCCUUGCUGGAGUUGUUCUCCUCUUGGCCCUGUGGAUUAGGUGCAGGAGAAGGAGCUGUGAGGCCAGCAAUGAUGAUGUAAAUGAAGGUGAACACAACAUGAAUGGACAGGAAGAAUACCCGGAUGUGAAGGUGCAGGAACGCAGCGAUGCCAGUGAACAGAGAAGCAGGGAAAAAGAAGACCGUGAUGAUGGCAAGGAAGAAAGCGGGAGUGGUGAAAAGGAAGACAGAGAAAAGACCGGAGAUGUUGGGAAUGAGCAAGGCAUCCUUUUAGUAGACCGCAUAGGGUGGCCUGUGGAGGAUCUGGAGAGAGACUGCUCAGUGAUAGCUGAGCUGAUGGAGAGCUUGAUGCGUGUCUUUGUGGACAGUGUGAGCAAUAGCUUCUACCCAGUGCCUCAAGAAGCCAUCGGGGUGGGCAGUGCCUUUGAGGGUUGGAGUCCCGGGGACUGGGAUGGUGUGUACCGUGUGCUGGUCCCACUGAAUGCCCCACCAGGGCACGCCUUCCAGCUGGAGCUGAACAGUGCAGGGCAGGUGGCAGCAAGGACCUUCAGCGUCCGUGUGGAGCUGGUGUGCACGUGCCAGAAGGAGCAGCUGGGAGAGGAGCCGUUGUGCUUCCUGCACCACUCGCGGAUGGAGCUGUGGCGGAAGCAGAAGCGCAGCCUCCUAGGGACACUCUGCACCAGCUCCUACCUGGACGUGGAAAAAACCUCCCACUGGUUCUGCCAGUUGGUGAGAGGCUCGUGGCUGCAAGUGCCUCAGUGGCACUCAUGGCACUUGGUGCUUCAGCCCUGCAGCCGGUCCUGCCGAUUGCAGCUGAGCAAAGGCAGGAAGAGCCUGAGGGUGGAGAUGCUCUUUGGGGUGCGCCAAGGGGACUCCGACAUCUUUGUGGUCAGCCAGCCCACAGAGGCCCAGAAAGGCGGCUCCAGCAUCUUUGUGAGCAGCCAGCCCACCAAGGCCAGCAUCAUUGCAAGCACAGCGUGGCCCGAGACAUAUGCAGUGGCAGAGGUGAAAUUCUUCCGGCACAUCGCCAGGCAGCUGCCAUGUGAGAACUUGCACCUGAAAUGCCUGCAGCUCUUCACCUGCAUCCUGAGGGACACAGGUUUUUCCAGCUCUACCUGGAAGACUGUGGUCAUGCACGUGCUGACCACAGUACCGCUGUUCCGGUGGCACAGGAGCGCAUUUCCACGGCGGCUCUGGGAUGUCAUGGCGUACCUGGACCGCUGCCUGCAGCUGACACGCCUGGAGCACUUUGUGCUAGGCAGUGAGAGGCUUCCUGCAGAGAUCAGUUUGCUGCCGGCAAUGCGAGGGGUUGAGCCACCCAACCUCUUUGAGCACCUGGCCCGAGAUCCGGCCGCCCUCAGAGAGGCAAUGCAAGCUUAUGGUCGGCUGCGAUAUCGCCUCUGGGUGCUGCUCUCCAGCCUCUGAGAGGAGUUCCCUGCACUGAGCUGUGCUGGGAUGGUCACACCCGAUGGCAGCCACCUGAACUCUGCAUAACUGCUGCAUUUG